AGUUCCUGCUGGCUGUGCGCGCCUGCUUCUGACCUCACGCUAAGUGUAAGCGGCGGCUGUGGCUCCUGGAGCACAGCGGGCAGAGCUGCGGGCUGCGCGCGCCCCUGCUGCCACCGGGCGUCCCGCGGUGGCUUCCCCGCCCUAGAGCGACUUCCGCGCCCGCGCUCCCCUUUAUCCGAUUCCUGGAGCGCCGGCAGUGACGGGGUCGGAGCCAUGGCCCUGGGCGACUGAGGCGGCCGCAGUAUGCGCCCCGGAGCUCGGGCGAUGCCGGACCAGAUCUCCGUGUCGGAAUUCGUGGCCGAGACCCAUGAGGACUAUAAGGCGCCCACGGCCUCUAGCUUCACCACUCGCACGGCCCAGCGCCGGGACACCGUGGCGGCCAUCGAGGAGGAUGCAGUGACUUAUGAUGAUGUGCAUGUGAACUUCACUGGGGAAGAGUGGAAUUUGCUGGAUCCUUCCCAGAAGAGUCUCUACAAAGAUGUGAUGCUGGAGACCUACUGGAACCUCACUGUUAUAGGCUACACUUGGGAAAACCAUCAUAUUGAAAGACAUUGUCAAAGUUCAAGAAGAAAUGAAAGGUAUGAAAGUAAUCAUAGUGGAGAGAAACUCUAUGAAUGUAAUGAACGUUCUAAAGCCUUUUCAUGUCCCAGUCAUCUCCAAUGUCAUAAAAGAAGACAAAUUGGAGAGAAGACACAUGAACAUAACCAAUGUGGUAAAGCCUUUCCAACACCCAGUCAUCUUCAAUACCAUGAAAGAACCCAUACUGGAGAGAAACCUUAUGAAUGUCAUCAAUGUGGUCAAGCUUUUAAAAAAUGCAGUAAUCUCCAAUAUCAUAAAAGAAUACAUACUGGAGAGAAACCCUAUGAAUGUAUUCAAUGUGGUAAAUCCUUUACAAGUCACAAUGGUCUCCAAUAUCAUAAAAGAACACAUACUGGAGAGAAACCCUAUGAAUGUAAUCAAUGUGGUAAAGCCUUUGCACGUCACAGUCAUCUCCAACGUCAUAAAAGAACACAUACUGGAGAGAAACCCUAUGAAUGUAAUCAAUGUGGUAAAGCCUUUGCAGGUCACAAUGUUCUCCAAUCUCAUCAAAGAACACAUACUGGAGAGAAACCCUAUGAAUGUAAUCAAUGUGGUAAAGCCUUUGCACAACUCAAUAAUCUCCAAUGUCAUAAAAGAAAACAUACUGGAGAGAAACCCUAUGAAUGUAAUCAAUGUGGUAAAGCCUUUUCAGGUCACAAUGUUCUCCAAUCUCAUCAAAGAACACAUACUGGAGAGAAACCCUAUGAAUGUAAUCAAUGUGGUAAAGCCUUUGCACGUCACAGUCAUCUCCAAUGUCAUAAAAGAACACAUACUGGAGAGAAACCCUAUGAAUGUAAUCAAUGUGGUAAAGCCUUUUCAGGUCACAAUGUUCUCCAAUCUCAUCAAAGAACACAUACUGGAGAGAAACCCUAUGAAUGUAAUCAAUGUGGUAAAGCCUUUGCACGUCACAGUCAUCUCCAAUGUCAUAAAAGAACACAUACUGGAGAGAAACCCUAUGAAUGUAAUCAAUGUGGUAAAGCCUUUUCAGGUUACAAUGUUCUCCAAUCUCAUCAAAGAACACAUACUGGAGAGAAACCCUAUGAAUGUAAUCAAUGUGGUAAAGCCUUUGCACGUCACAGUCAUCUCCAAUGUCAUAAAAGAACACAUACUGGAGAGAAACCCUAUGAAUGUAAUCAAUGUGGUAAAGCCUUUACAAAUCACAACGGUUUCCAAUAUCAUAAAAGAACACAUACUGGAGAGAAACCCUAUGAAUGUAAUCAAUGUGGUAAAGCCUUUUCACAACACAGUCAUCUCCAACGUCAUAAGAGAACACAUACUGGAGAGAAACCCUAUGAAUGUAAUCAAUGUGGUAAAGCCUUUACAAAUCACAACGGUCUCCAAUAUCAUAAAAGAACACAUACUGGAGAGAAACCCUAUGAAUGUAAUCAAUGUGGUAAAGCCUUUUCACAACACAGUCAUCUCCAAUGUCAUAAAAGAACACAUACUGGAGAGAAACCCUAAAAAUGUAAUUGGUAAAGCCUUUGCGUGUCACAGUCAUCUCCAACGUCAGAAAACUAAACGUACUGGAGAGAAGCCCUAUGAAUGUUAUCAAUGUGGUAAAGCCUUUGCAGGUCACAGUCAUCUCCAAUAUCAUAAAAGAACACAUACUUUCCUGAUAUAGCUGUCUCUUGUGAGGCUAUUCCAAUACCUGGCAAACACAGAAGUGGAUGCUCACAGUCAUCUAUUGGAUGGAACACAGGGCCGUCAUUGGAGGAGCUAGAGAAAGUUCCCAGGGAGCUGAAGGGGUCUAUAUCCCUGUAGGCAGAACAACAAUAGAAACUAACCAAUACCCCCAGAGCUCAUGUCUCUAGCUGCAUAUGUAGCAGAAGAUGGCCUAGUCAGCCAUCAUUGGGAAGAGAGGCCCCUUGGUCUUGCAAAAUUUUUAAGCCCCAGUACAGGGGAAUGCCAGGGCCCAGACGUGGGAGUGGGUGGGUAGGGGAGCAGUGUUGGGGGAGUGUAUAGGGGCACUUUCAGGAUAGCUUUUUAAAUGUAAAUGAAGAAAAUAUCUAAUAAAAGAUUGAAAUAUAAAAAAAACA